GAGAACUCAAAAAUAAAUUCUAAGCUAUGAGAACUUUCUUCUAUGUAAUCUCUCAUUCCAUUUCACAAAUGUGUUCUGUAAUCUUUGAGGUUCAGGGUGAAGAACUGGAAGACAUUAAAGUUGAGAUUAAGAAGGAAGAAGAGACGUUGAUGAGUGGAACUCAACCGUUUAUGGAGGAGGGUUGUCCUCUGUAUUCCCGGAAUUCCCCACAGGAAGAUCACACCAUCCCUCACCAUUAUCAGGGUGAAGAACCGAUUAAUAUAAAAGCUGAGGUUAAAGAGGAAGAAGAAGAGACAUAUGUGGGGGGUGAUCAGCCAUCCAUGAAGGAGGUUGGGAUGAUUAUGAAGAGGGAACAGGAUGAAAUUUCUCCACCUUUCGACACAAAUGGAUGUGAUGUGAGGAAUUUCUCGGAGAGACAUCUUCUAUUAUCUGCUGAUUGUAAGUCAGAGGAUAAUGUCAUCACACAGGAUCCUCAAGGAGGAAAUCCAAAUACACAAAAUAUACAUCACAGACCUUCCUGUCCGGAGACCUCAAUGGAUCCCUCUGAUCAGGGGGAAUCUUCUCAUCAAUCACAUACUAUGAUUGUAAAUAUCCAUGUAAGAUCUCACACUGCAGAUAGAUCAACAGAUCCUUCUAAUCCCAAGGAAUCUUCCUCACCCCAUGAAGGAAAUCACCGAGGUCAGAAUCCAUUCUCAUGUUCAGAGUGCGGGAAAUGUUUCACUCAGAAAAGAGCACUUACUAGACACCAGAGAAUUCACACGGGUGAUCGCCUUUAUUCAUGUUCAGAGUGUGGGAAAUGUUUUACUCACCAAGGAGCCCUUGUUGAACACCAGAAAAUUCACACGGGUGAGCGUCCUUAUUCUUGUUCAGAGUGUGGGAAAUCCUUCAUUCAAAAAGGGGCCCUUGUUGAACACCAGAGAAUUCACACGGGUGAGCGUCCUUAUUCAUGUUCAGAGUGUGGGAAAUCCUUCAUUAAAAAAGGGGCCCUUGUUGAACACCAGAAAAUUCACACGGGUGAGCGUCCUUAUUCAUGUUCAGAGUGUGGGAAAUCUUUCAUUCAAAAAGGGGCCCUUGUUGAACACCAGAAAAUUCACACGGGUGAGCACCCUUAUUCAUGUUCAGAGUGUGGGAAAUCCUUCAUUCAAAAAGGGGCCCUUGUUGAACACCAGAAAAUUCACGCGGGUGAGCGUCCUUAUUCAUGUUCAGAGUGUGGGAAAUCCUUCAUUAAAAAAGGGGCCCUUGUUGAACACCAGAGAUAUCACACAGGUGAGCGUCCUUAUCCAUGUUCAGAGUGCUGGAAAUCUUUCACUCAUCGAAUAGCCCUUGUUAGACACCAGAGAAUUCACACAGGUGAGCGUCCCUAUUCAUGUUUAGAGUGCGGGAAAUCUUUCACUCAAAAAGGGGUCCUUGUUACACACCAGAGAAUUCACAUGGGUGAGUUUUCCUAUUCAUGUUUACAGUGCGAGAAAUCUUUUACUUACAAAGGGGCCCUUGUUGAACACCAGAAAAUUCACACUGGUGAGCACCCUUAUUCAUGUUCAGAGUGUGGGAAAUCCUUCAUUCAAAAAGGGGCCCUUGUUGAACACCAGAGAAUUCACAGAGGUGAGCGUCCUUAUCCAUGUUCAGAGUGCGGGAAAUCUUUCACUCAAAAAAGGGUCCUUGUUAAACACCAGAGAAUUCACAUGGGUGAGCGUCCCUAUUCAUGUUUACAGUGCGGGAAAUCUUUCACUUACAAAGGGGUCCUUGUUAAACACCAGAGAAUUCACAUGGGUGAGCGUCCCUAUUCAUGUUUACAGUGCGGGAAAUCUUUCACUUACAAAGGGGUCCUUGUUAAACACCAGAGAAUUCACAUGGGUGAACGUCCCUAUUCAUGUUUAGAGUGCGGGAAAUCUUUCACUUACAAAGAGGCCCUUGUUGAACACCAGAGAAUUCACACGGGUGAGCGUCCCUAUUCAUGUUUAGAGUGCGGGAAAUCUUUCACUCAAAAAGGGGUCCUUGUUAAACACCAGAGAAUUCACACGGGUGAGCGUCCCUAUUCAUGUUCAGAGUGCGGGAAAUCUUUCACUCAAAAGGGGGCUCUUGUUGAACAUCAGAUAAGUCACACAGAUAAGCGUUCUUAUCCAUGUUUAGAGUGUGGGAAAUCUUUCAAUCAGAAAAGAGCCCUUGUUAGACACCAGAUAAUUCACAUGCAUGAGCACCCUUUUUCAUGUUUAGAGUGCGGGAAAUCUUUUAAUCAAAAAGAAGCCCUUUUUGAACACCAGAAAAGUCACAUUAGUGAACAUUGUUUUUCAUGUUCAGAGUGCGGGAAAUCUUUCAUUCUUCAAGGAGCCCUUGUUAGACACCAGAGAAUUCACACAGGUUAUCGCCCUUAUUCAUGUUCAGAGUGCGGGAAAUCUUUCACUCAGAUAGAAGGUCCUGUUAGACACCAGAUAAAUUACCGAGGUGACAAUCUAUUCUCGUGUUCAGAGUGUGGGAAAUCUUUCACUCAGAAAGGAUCACUUAAUAGACACCAGAGAAUUCACACGGGUGAGCGUCCCUAUUCAUGUUUACAGUGCGGGAAAUCUUUCACUUACAAAGGGGCUUUUGUUGAACACCAGAAAAUUCACACGGGUGAGCGUCCUUAUUCAUGUUCAGAGUGUGGGAAAUCCUUCAUUCAAAAAGGGGACCUUGUUGAACACCAGAGAAUUCAUACAAGCGAGUGUCCUUAUCCAUGUUCAGAGUGUGGGAAAUCUUUCACUUACAAAGGGGCCCUUGUUGAACACCAGAGAAUUCACACAGGUGAGCGUCCUUAUUCAUGUUUAGAGUGCGGGAAAUCUUUCACUCAUCAAGGAGCCCUUGUUAUACACCAGAGAAUUCACACGGGUGAGCGUCCCUAUUCAUGUUUACAGUGCGAGAAAUCUUUCACUCAACUAGGAGUCCUUGUUGUACACCAGAGAAUUCACACAGGUGAACGUCCUUAUCCAUGUUUAGAGUGCGGGAAAUCUUUCACUUACAAAGGGGCCCUUGUUAAACACCAGAAAAUUCACACGGGUGAGCAUCCUUAUCCAUGUUUAGAGUGUGGGAAAUCCUUCAUUCAAAAAGGGGCCCUUGUCGAACACGAGAAAAUUCAUACAGGUGAGCGUCCUUAUCCAUGUUCAGAGUGCGGAAAAUCUUUCACUUGCAAAGGGGCCCUUGUUGAACACCAGAGAAUUCACACAGGUGAGCGUCCUUAUCCAUGUUCAGAGUGCGGGAAAUCUUUCACUCAUCGAAUAGCCUUUGUUAGACACCAGAGAAUUCACACGGGUGAGCGUCCCUAUUCAUGUUUAGAGUGCGGGAAAUCUUUCACUCAAAAAGGGGUCCUUGUUCAACACCAGAGAAUUCACAUGGGUGAGCGUUCUUAUUUAUGUUUAGAGUGUGGGAAAUCUUUCACUCGAAAAGGGGCCCUUGUUGAACAUCAGAUAAGUCACACAGAUAAGCGUUCUUAUCCAUGUUUAGCAUGCGGGAAAUCUUUCAAUCAGAAAGGAGUCCUUGUUAGACACCAGAGAAUUCACAUGCAUGAGCGCUCUUUUUCAUGUUUAGAGUGCGGGAAAUCUUUUACUCAAAAAGAAGCCCUUUUUGAACACCAGAAAAGUCACAUUGGUGAUCAUUGUUUUUCAUGUUCAGAGUGCGGGAAAUCUUUCAUUCUACAAGGAGCCCUUGUUAGACACCAGAGAAUUCACACAGGUGAGCGCCCUUAUUCAUGUUCAGAGUGCGGGAAAUCUUUCACUCAGAUAGAAGGUCCUGUUAGACACCAGAUAAGUCACACAGGGGAGCAUACUAAUUUAUGUGUAGAGUGUGGAAAAACAUUUUACUCUUAAAGGAAACCUUUUGAAACACCAGAAAAGUCACACAGGUGAGUGUCCCUAUUCAUGUUCAUAGUGUGGGAAAUCUUACGUUUGUAAAUAAGACCUUAUUAGACACCAGAUAAUUCACACAGGUGAGCGUCCUUUUUCAUGUUUAGAGUGCAGGAAAUCUUUCAAUAAGAAACAUAAUCUUGUUAAAAAUCAUUAAAUUCACACUGCUGAGCAUCCCUAUUCAUGUUCAGAGUGCGGGAAAUCUUUCAUCUGUAAGGAAAGUUAAACACCAAAGAAUUCACACGGGUGAGCAUCCUUAUUUAUGUACAGACUGCAGGAAAUCUUGCAUUCGGAAAGGACAACUUCUAAAAACCAGAGAAGUCACGCUAUGCUCUAAGUGCGGGAGUGAGUCAUCCUCAUUUCUUCAGCUUGUCGGUGUCCUUCCCCCUGUGUUCAUAACGCUGGGUACAAUGUAUAUCCUCUUAUUGCCACAUGUGAAUGCAAUCUUUUGAUGAAUGUGUUUAUAUCUCAAUAAAGUUUUCUAUGCAUUAGA